AUGCAAAGACUCACAGACACCUAUUCAAUUGUGUCACGCAUUCAAAAAUGGAAUGAAAGAAAUUGCAAUAGCUUGUGCUCAUUUCUAGAACUUUGUUUAGAUUUAAAAAUCAACUGCAACAAUUUGCAUACGUUGGACAGACAUGCAAUAUUACGAUAUGCUUUUAAUUUAUUUCCUACAUUUGUCAAAUUAUUAUACAAGGGCUUAAAAUGCGCAUGGGACUCGUUCAAAACAUUAUCACCUUCUCAUAAACAAGAGCUCGCUCAGUAUGUUAUUCCUGAGAUUGAGGGUUUCCUCAACAGUUUUACAACAGUUUUUGCACAUGCCAAACUGGCUGUGGAGAAAUUAAUUGAAAUUGUUGAAGCAGAGUCAACAUCUGAAGGCGCAAGCAGGUCUAAAGUUAUUUCUCGAAAUAAAUGUGAUUAUGGAUAUAAUGAAUUGACUAUAUUGAAAAUACUUCACAGCAAAAUUACUUACUUAAUGCUUUAUGGAAUUGAUAAAAGGGAAUGUUUUGAUGAAAUGAGUCAAAAUGAGCAGUACAGAGCAGUCACACACAAUUUUGAUAUGAUUAGUGAAGAGUUUCCAUUAUUUAUUGUAAGACUUCAAGAAGUUAUUUCUACUUUGGAUGAUAAAUAUGACCCAUAUGAAUUUAAUUUUGGAUUCAAAUUGACUACUACCACAGUGGCUGGAAUAUUGCAAAGAAUAAUUACAAAUGUGGAUAUUGCAGAAAAACUUACUGAACAGAUGUGCUUUAUAAUGCAAAGGGAGAGAUUCACACAAAUUAUGAAAUCCUUAGGCAUUCUGAAACCAAAACUCGAGAGUAAGGAUAAUGACUCAACAAGCAAUAUGUUGUUUGAAAGCUCUUCAAAAACAAGCUGGUCCGGAAAUAGAAAUAAAAAUCAACCAGAAUUAAACUGCCAAUUAGUUUUAGGUGAAUAUUUGCUUACCUCUCCAAGCUCCGAUCAUAGCAUGUUAGCUAGAAAAAUUACUAGGUUAUUAUACAAUGAGAUGCACACAGACAUGGAGUUUAUAAUAGUCUCUACGAGGGAAGAUAAGUCUCCUUUAUCAGAAAUUCCCUGUCCUAUAGAAUCAAAUUUAAAUUCACCAGAAGCCAUUGUAAUAUAUGCACACCGUGUUAUUGUAGCUGCCAGAUGCCCUUGGUUCCGGCGAGCAUUACUGUCUGGAAUGAUUGAAGAUAGAAACAGAAAAAUAGUGAUAUAUGAUACAAGUCCAAACGUUUUCAAAGAGUUUUUGCAUUAUUUAUAUGGAAAUGGUGUCAGCCAAACUUGUAUUUCGAAUCAGGAUGCAUUAUCAGAACUAAUGUUAUUAGCAGAUCGUUAUGAAGUGGAUGAACUAAAGAAAAUAACAGAAUUUAUAUUAAUCACUGGAGUGGAUGACGAUUCAGCUAUUUUCUUGCUAAGCAUUUCAGAUCAAAUUAAUGCAGAGGCUUUAAAAGCAACUUGUUUAGAAUAUAUAGCUAUUAAUCCUACUUUGAUGAACAGUGAUCUAUUCAAAAAGUUGUCUGAAGAUUUGCAGAAUGAAACCGCGGAAUUUGUUAAAUGGAAAACACCAUCACGAAGGGCAAACAAAUUUAGGGAUAGAAUGCCUUGUAUGCCACCUUCUCCACCUAGAUGUACACGCUCAGAUAGCAUGAAUAUGCAAUCACAAGUUCAAGAAAGGGACACUUUUGGAGAUUUAGAAGAAAUGAUGUUACACGGAGACCACUCUUCUAUUCUCUCAUUGGAUUCCCUUAGUAAUGAUUCCGACGAACAUUUGGAGUCCUGUUUGGCUUUAAUUCGCGAUAUCGUAGGAGAUGCUCCGAGCAAUGAGACUCUUAUUAGGGUCAUAUUAGCCGCCGACUACGACAUAAACAGAGCAGUAAACUUCUUUUACAGCGAAUAA